CAGUUCAUUUUUAGUAGCAACGUGGAAAGUCGUUCUUUCAUUUCUUAAUCUAUUUAUAGUUUUAUUUUUGAUUACAAUAGUUAAAAUAUUUCCGCUCGAUUAUUAUUGGAUCGUUGGAAAAUAACAAACAAUAUUCCAAGAGCAUUAUGGGUCUGUUAAGGAUUACGUGCAUUUAUAUCCGACUCUUCUUAGACAGUGUGAUCGAUUUCUUUUACUCUCUCUAUUGGAAUAAUAAAAAGACUGUCAUACCGAACGUUGAGAAGAGACACGCAUUCCUCGCUGAAAGCGCUACGAGUUUGGCGAAGAAGAUUAAGCAAAAGGAGUUGAAAUCAGAGGAAUUAGUGCAAGCUAUUAUCGAAAGAAUGAAGCAGGUGAAUCCUUAUUUGAAUGCAAUAGCUGCGGAUAGGUAUGAAGCUGCCUUGAAGGAAGCGAGAGAAAUAGAUAGUAAAAUAGCUGAGGGUCUCACAGAAGAAUACGCGAAAAAGCCAUUCUUGGGUGUUCCAUUCACGGCAAAAGAGAGCCAGGGUAUAGAGGGAAUGCCAAUGACAAUGGGACUUUGGUGCCGGCGCAAUGAGAGGACGACAGAAAACAGUGAAGCUGUGAAAAGACUGAAAGAAGCUGGCGCUAUACCCAUCGCUAGUACAAAUCUACCGGAACUGCUUAUAUGGCAAGAAACCCGUAAUCCUGUGUAUGGUAUGACAAACAACCCUCACCACACCGGGCGUACUCCCGGAGGGUCGAGUGGAGGUGAGGCCGCUUUGACUGCCACCUACGCUACUGUUGUUAGUUUAUGCUCAGACAUCGGUGGUUCAACCCGCAUGCCAGCUUUUUAUUGUGGAGUAUUCGGACACCAUCCAACAGCUGGAACUACUAACACGAAAGGAUCCUUCUAUCGAAAUGGUGAUGAAGACAGCAUGUUCUGUCUAGGGUUCAUAUCCAAGCACGUGGAAGAUCUCGCUCCAUUAACAAAAGUUGUCGCAGGAGAGAAAGCUAGCCUUUUAAGGCUUGACAGAAAAAUAGAUAUAAAGAACAUAAAAUUUUAUUACUUGGAUACCAGUAAUGAUUGUCUUGUGAGUCCCUUGAGAUCAGAAAUGAAAGACGCUAUGCAGAGGGUUAUUUGUAAAAUCAACGAAGAUUUAAACACAACUGUUCAACCCUACUACCACCAGGGCUUCAACUAUAUGUACAAGAUUUGGAGCUAUUGGAUGACCAAGGAACCGGAAGAUUUCCCAAAAAUGCUGACUAAUAACGCUGGUAAAGUUAAUGGCGUUCUAGAACUAUUUAAAAAGAUGUUCGGCCUUAGCAAACUUUGCUUAUUUAGCAUAUUACGUGUACUGGAAAUGCAGGUGUUACCAAAACCACAAGAGAAGUGGUCUGAGGAGAUCACGAAAAGCUUGAAGGACGAUUUGUUUGCCAAGCUAGGAGAUGACGGUGUAUUGCUGUUUCCGAGUGGGCCUCAUGCGGCUCCAUAUCACUAUUCCUUCUUCUUUCGACCGUACAAUUUUGCCUACUGGGCAAUAGUCAAUGCACUAAAAUGUCCCGCCACACAGGUACCUUUAGGAAAGAAUGGCCAAGAUCUACCAAUUGGCAUCCAAGUAUUGGCUGCGCCGUAUAACGAUGCCCUCUGCUUGUCUGUUGCAAAAUACUUAGAAACCGAAUUUGGUGGCGCAAUAACAGCAUGUGAAAUUAAUAAAAGUUAAAAUUACAAUAAAUUAAUCAAAAAAUGGUUUUUGGUUUUUAUAAAAUUCAAUCUAUUUGAUUGUCAACUUAUACUAAGACUUAAAAAUAAAUGAAUUACAAACUUU